AUGUUAUAUAAUUUAAAUUUUCCAAACUCAAAGAGCCGACGAUACUAUGCGGAGACACUUCAAUUUGCCUUUAUGUUGUAUUGCAAACAACCCUCAGAAUAUUUGUUGGCAAGACAGAAACUUAUGUUGCCAUCAAAAGCAACUCUAUUUCGAGUCUUUGGUAAAGAUAUUGCAGCAUGGAAGGAACUUUUGCUUUCAAAAUCAUCUUCACUCCCAGUAUUCCUCAGAUUCAGGGAAUUAUAUCCAUAUACAGAUGAGGAAUUACGUGAACAAUGCCAUUUUUGCAUUGGAAUAGAUGCAAUCACAGGCAAAUUAUGGAAGAAGUCCGGCCAUGACGAUCAAAUCGAGGACUUAUUUGCAUUAUAUUUGAUGCCAUUAGAUUGCAAAGGUCCAUCAAUAUGUUUGCAUAUAAUACAACAUACAAAUGGUCUUGCAUCUGGAAUUAUGAGUGAAAUCUUGGAUUACAUUGCUACAGUUCAGAAAACACUGAAUGUUCCAGUUUUUACAACUGAUGGUGACAAAUCUUACGAUUUUGUUUAUCAGAUAUUCUUUCACCAUUGGUACAGCCUAGUUACUGGCUUUGAUGGAUUAGUAGAAGUCCUUAAAAGUGCAAAAUUCCAAGAUCUUAAGAUUAUCUUCAUCGCGGACGUCGUUCAUAUAGGCAAAAACCUCAGAACGUUAUUAAUUUUCCCCAAUAAGUUAAUCUUUUUGCAACCUUAUGAUCCAACGCUGCACGUCGAUAUUACAAAAAUUAGAUUAUUUUCCAAACUUGGAGAUGCAAUUAACAACUGUGAUAAGUCUACCACACUCAAUGACAAAUAUCCUGUAACAAUCUUUAACGUUCAAACCGUCAAGGAUAUGCUAGAUAAUAAUUGCUACACUGAAGCAACUUGGCUCCUUCCACUUGCACUUUGGUUUGAGGGAGUCCGAAAUACCAUAUUACCAGUUGAAGCAAGAUUGUCAAUGUUCAAACUUGCUUUUUUCAUCUUGCAUUUCUUUCUCAGAUUGCAAGAUGUGGUCGGAGUCACUGAUAGACUUCCUAAUAUAGAGACACCAGAUCAUCGUCUCAAAUUCAAAG